AUGCUUGAGAGCAUAACGUUAAGGGAAAGUGGCACGGUCGAGAUUCCAUUACUUUAUGACGAUCCUCUGGUUUUCGAUAAGAUACUGAGCAUCAUGCACGGCAGGAACGUCUCUUUGAGGCCAGAAGAAAGUCAUGUUGAGUUCCUCGCUUCUUUCGCAGUCGCUGUGGACAAGUAUGGGUUUUUUGACUGCACGCGUGAGCUUGCCACAAAUUGGGCCAGAUCUGUAAAGGCGCAACAGUACGUCGACGAACAAACAUGCCUUGGCAUACUUCGGCAUAAGGCUGAACUAGGCGAUUUGCAAAAGGGACCGCAAUGUCUUUAUUGGCUUCGCAUCGCUUAUGUGUUCAAAAUACCCGACAUGUUCAAAGACGCUGCCACUGAUUUUUACGGAUCGAUCAGUAUCAAGGAACUAGAAGAGCUCAAAGACGUAUAUGGAAUUCCAAUUAUCGGGCUUCUCCCAAUUCCAUAUCCAUUUCUUGAGUCGUCUUUGGUUUCUCAACAACAGAAGGUUAAUUCCGCCAUGGUUGUCUUACGAGACUUCGUCGCAGGUCUUGACUCCGUCUUCCGUGAUGAUCUAACCAAAAAGAAAGACAGAGAUCUUAUCAGGGAAAAGCUUGAAGAAAAUUUGAACCCAUUCAAUCUUUGGCCGAUUCCUGACCCUCAACACCUCGAGGCAAAGAUAUUAAUAUCUGACCUGAGUAUGGUGCUGAGACAUCUUUGGUCCUCUCCAUACGAGUGGGAUCGUCCUUAUCCUCAGUGGUACUUCUCUAUGGCCAAAGGAAUCCUGGCGCCGUUGGAAAAAAAAAUUUGGUCUGAAGUACCGGUGUUCAACAUUGAAGAUUACCCUUCUCGUCUCGGACUUCGAGCCCAUCAUCGACCUUGA